AUGUCCCAGGCUUCCUGUGCUAUUUGUGCUCUCAUAAUUCGUGGAAACAACACAUCAUCCACUCCUUAUUCUCCAUGGUGCUUGGAUGAGCCUGUUGAGAUACUUAAAUGCAACAAAGAAUCAAAACAAACAAUCAUACCAUUUUUUUACAGAGUAAAUCCAACUGAUGUUCAAAAGCUAACAGGGAAUUUUAGGAAGGCAUUUGCUAUUGCUGUGCUUGAAGAAGUACUAGAUAAAGACAGUUCACAAAAGGUGGGCAAUUGGAAGCGUGCUUUGAUAGAAGUAAGCAACUUAGGAGGAUGGGAUUCACGGGUUAUCAAGGAUGAGGCCGAAUUAGUUGAAAAAAUCGUCAAUGAUGUGUUGGAGAAAUUCAAUGAAAUGUCUAGAAGAAUUAAUGGAAUGGGAGGCAUUGGCAAAACAACUAUUGCAAAAGAAGUAUAUCGUCGAAACAAGAAUGAAUUUGAUGAUAAUCGAGACGAUUUAAAAGAUUUAGUAAGAGAGUGUAAUUUGUACUGUGAGAGAAGUAGAAUCAUUGUAACUAGUCGAGAUUUGCAAUUACUUAAAUAUGUUUGUUCAGAGGAAGGCAUAUAUGAGGUGGAGAAAUUAACUGAUUCUCAAGGUCUGAAACUCUUUAGCUUGCAUGCCUUCGGCCAAAAUCUUCCCAAGCAAGAAUAUAAGGAGCUCUCAGAGCUGGUGGCAAACUAUUCUAGAGGCAAUCCAUUAGCUCUUAAGAGUUUUGGGAUCUCACUUAUCUGA